AUGGAAGUCCCAUUCCUCAACUUCGCAGGCGAAUGUGCAUUCUACCAGCGAGGACAGGGCCGCUGCACCCGUGGAGCUACCUGCACUUUCCUCCAUGUUGAGCAGACGGAAGGCAUCGCGAGGUACGGCUACCAUGCGCCAGUCCCACUCCGCAGUCGUGCAUUGCAUGCUACUUCUUGGCCGUGCGACUACUCUCCAGUUGCCCCGAGUAGUUGGCCACAGAGCAAUGCUCAUGCAACGUCGUCGCGCACCGAAACGGAAGACGCAAUCGCUUUGGAAGAGACUACUAUUCCCGAAAAAGCAUGGGUUCGCCGGAUCAAAGGCGUCAACGUCACCUUUGGCCCCGGAGCGACCAUUGCCACCAUCGCGCUGCCUUGGCACUUCUCGGCUGUCCGCUUCACACACCUGGCUGAGGAAUUUCAUAAAUCUGACAUAGCAGAGUACCUGCAUCAUGAGCUCGGCAUACAGGUGCCCGAGGAAAGGAUUGACACGCUGCCCGUCUGUGGGGGAAAGGGUGCCGCAGAUGUUACAAUGGAUGAGGCUGACUUUGCAAGGAAGCUGGUUGAUGCACUCAACGAUGACAAGACGGUCGAAUUCAGGGCAGAAGAAGUGAUACCCCACCACCAUCGCUCGGCCAGAUUCGGUAGCAUCAGCGGUAACAAGGUGAGCUGUUCGUGGCACAAGCCAAGCUGGACAGCUACACUCAGCUUUCCGUCCGCAGAGGCGGCUCAGCAAGUGUACAACGGGUUUGCGAUCCGCGAGUACAAACUAGCGCCAAAUGUCACCGGCAUGCCCUCCCGUCCGGAAGCCGACGAUGGGCCAAGCCCCGGCGCUUGGAAAGUCAAACUCCACCACGUGCCGUCAUCUAUAAACCGGGUUGACGUCUUGGAGUCGAUUCCGAGUAUGUUGCGUCCGAAGCUUAUAACACAGAGCUGCCGCUCCUAUACCGCCCGGUUGGAAGAUUCAGCAAAAACGAUUCUGAAGAGCUUGAUGAACAUUGGGCCGCUGGACCACAAUAGCAUCACUACACGGACCGAGAGCCAGCGGUACAAGCUGAUCGCUCGGUUUGUGGAUGCCAAACAUGCGACCAAGGCUGUCCAAGAGCUCAACAAGCACCCUCUUCCGUUUCAUGCCCAUGGCAAGCUUACUGUACAACGGAUCUACACCGUUCGCAUAAGGGUCCCGGGCCAUGUCUACGCAGCAGCAUCGCAGGAUAUCAAGGCCUUGUACAGUGCCUGGAAAGGGCACAAUAUUUUUGCAACCAUUGGGCCGGAAAACAAAGGCUUCAGGACCAUCAGGAUCGAGGGAAUAUGCCCUGACAGGGUGGCGGAAGCUCAAGCCGCCAUCGAACGCAUCGUGGCCGGAGAGCAGCUGACCGAAGAUGACGAAAAGCUGUGGUCAGCUUCGUUUGCCACGAACGCCUGGGCCUACAAUGAGACGCGCUUCAUUGAACGCCAAAUAGGUGUCUUGGUCUUGUGUGACAGACAGCAGCGUUCGCUAAACAUGCUCGGUCCUCGAGCCGUGUUCAGGGAAGCGCGGCUCGCCAUCCAGAAGCUGUGCCAUCAGGACCCGCGCGCAGAAUAUUCCAUCAGCCUUGAUCCAGCCGAUCGUGAAGCGCUGACUUGGCUCCUCAAUGGUGGAUUUCAGCAUAUUGGGAGAAUUGUUGGCCGCGACAAGCUUGCGCUGGAUAUUGUCGACCAACCUCGUCGCCUCAUCAUCAGCGGCAGCGAGGCAGACCUGCAGGUUGCGCAGGAAAUCUGGUACAACCGCCACCAGAUACCGGAGCCAGAGUCAAGCUUGGGGCCAGAGGAUUGUUCGCUGUGCGGUUUCCAGGCGGAGUACCCCGUCAACACCCGCUGCCAACACCUCUACUGCGCCACUUGCUUUGAGGACAUGUGUUUCUGUGGCGCGAGCACUCCAGUCCGCACUCCGGCCGUCCGCUGUUAUGGCGAUGCUGGCAAGUGCCAGCAGAUACUAACCCUGUCGGAUAUCCAGGAGAAUCUGAGCUCAUCCGCGCUCGAGCGCAUAUUUGAGCGAAUAUUCGUGACCUUUGUCAGCCAAAACUCUGACAUGUAUCGAUACUGCCCGACGCACAGCUGCGAGCAAGUCUACAGGGUGGAAGAGCGGAAAGACGGCGCUGAGCCGGCAGCGGAGUUCGAGUUUAACUGCCCGCAGUGCAUGGUCGCCAUUUGCUCGCGCUGCCAUGUCUCCCACGAGACGUUGCAUUGUCCUCUGCACGAUGAUGCAGAGGAAGACUCACUCUAG